CUUCCUCUUUGGGACUUCCAAAAGGUUCUUUUGGAACGCCAAUACAGAUAAAUUGAAAGAAAUAUAGGAUGAAACUCUCAGGAUAUCUAGUAUAAGAAACCGCUACAAGAGCCAACCGUGCUGAAUGCGACACUUCCUGAUCCUGAAGAACGUUGUCCUAUGUCUGGUUCAGGCUCACCCUUCCACAAGCACAACAGGGUAGGAAUGAAAGAGCAAAAACUAGGAGGCUUCCUUAUUAGAGUAUCACUGUGGAAGACGUUAAUCAUGGAUCGAAAGUUGAGCAGCAAGUUGCUGCAACUGGAGGAGCAGCUCUCCAGGUUGACGUCCCUGCAAUAUGGAAAUCACCUUUGUAAAAAGGUAAUUCCAUGGAGGGAAGAGUUUAAGACUUUCAGGGAAGUCAUUAACGACAAAAAGAAUAAGGAGAAGCUAAAGUAUUUCAACAAGGAUGAGAAACUAGACUGGCUGGAGGACGUCAAAAAGUUGGUUGAUGAUGUGAAAAAGAUACUGGAUGAGAUUGUUUUCAUCGUAAAGACAACUUCACAAAAGCGCAGCAUCUUGGCUUUUUACCGCAAUCCAAUUGCUGAUACUGCGUUUACAGAUACUCAUCGAAUAGCUUAGACACGUAAGCGAAUCGAUAGACUCAAGACAAAGAUGUAUGCAAUUGGAUUGCAAGUGAGCAACAGAUCCGUGCCUUGUAGUGGGCCCGAAUUGUGCAAACCUGCAGGUUUGCCCAAUUCGGAAGCUAUUUAUGGGAGAGACGUUACUGAUGAAAGUGAUCUUGUCAACUUCAGUAUAAUGCCUACUAUCGGCAUGGCAGGGAUUUGCAAACCAAGCCUUGCUCGACUUGAAUACAAUGAUGAGGCAGUUGAAGACUUCAAACCAGAAGAGUCCGAUGUUUCAAGAAUCUCUAAGGCGAUUUUGGAGCCGGUCACUUCUAAAUCCUGCGAUCUAAAGGAUGUAAAUGACUUGGCAGCGAGUAUUCUUGCUGGCCUUCUAUGUACUCUGAGUGGAUUGAUGAAUGACAAGGCCAAUCUUACGGGAGAUCCAGAGUGCUUCAAAGGAGAGAUAAUUGGCGGAGGGAAUACCAAGUUCAACUGGAGCAAGGACAUUUGUGUUUUCUAGUGUCUGCAGUAUUUUUUUGUGUUUUGAAUAAACGUUAAAGACGAUUUGUUUUUCCUUUCCAUUU